UUCAAGUGGAUUGAUGUGAGUCAGGAUCUCAUUCCGGAAGCAUACGUGUCCAAUACACGGCAUUAUUUUUUCAUCUGGAAAAUACUCAAGUUCCAGCUGUUCAUCACCGGUGGUGUGCUUUCUAAAACCCUGGCGAUCCCAUGUGGACUUCUGGUAGAAUGAGCAAUGCAAAGCGCUGGCUUGGACUUGGCAUGUCCUUGUACUUCUGGGGACUGAUGGACCUGUCGACUGCCGCUCUCUCAGGCACACCAACACUGCAAAGCCAACUAGAGGUGCACCUGACAGACAAGCCACAGUCACACCACCGAACAAAGAGGAGCUGGGUUUGGAACCAGUUUUUUGUUCUGGAAGAGUACACUGGAACUGACCCUUUGUAUGUUGGCAAGCUUCAUUCAGAUAUGGACAAGGGAGACGGAUCCAUCAAGUACAUCCUCUCCGGAGAAGGCGCAGGCGUUGUGUUUACCAUCGAUGACACCACGGGAGACAUCCACGCCAUUCAGAGGCUCGACCGAGAGGAAAGGGCCCAGUAUACUUUAAGAGCUCAAGCCCUAGACAGGCGAACAGGCAGGCCAAUGGAGCCAGAGUCAGAGUUCAUCAUCAAAAUACAAGACAUCAAUGACAACGAGCCUAAGUUCCUGGACGGACCUUAUGUCGCUGCUGUGCCAGAAAUGUCACCAGUAGGUACCUCUGUUAUCCAGGUGACAGCCACAGAUGCUGAUGACCCAACCUACGGCAACAGUGCCCGGGUAGUGUACAGCAUUCUCCAGGGCCAGCCGUACUUCUCUGUGGACUCCAAAACAGGUAUAAUUAGGACAGCACUCAUGAACAUGGACAGAGAAGCCAAGGAAUACUAUGAAGUGAUUAUCCAAGCCAAGGACAUGGGAGGGCAGCUGGGAGGACUGGCUGGGACCACAACGGUCAAUAUCACCCUCUCAGAUGUCAACGAUAACCCACCACGCUUUCCUCAGAAACAUUAUCAGAUGAGUGUGUUGGAAUCAGCCCCAAUUAGCUCCACUGUGGGGAGAGUGUUUGCCAAGGACUUGGAUGAAGGAAUCAAUGCAGAAAUGAAGUACACUAUCAUUGACGGAGAUGGUGCAGACACCUUUGACAUUAACACGGAUCCCAAUUUCCAAGUCGGCAUCAUAACUGUGAAGAAGCCCCUGAGUUUUGAAAGCAAGAAAAGCUAUACCUUAAAAGUGGAGGGAGCCAAUUCUCACCUGGAAAUGCGUUUUCUGAACCUGGGCCCAUUUCACGACACGACGACAGUGCACAUCAGCGUGGAAGAUGUAGAUGAGCCUCCUGUAUUUGAGCCUGGCUUUUAUUUUGUGGAGGUACCUGAGGACGUGACCAUUGGAACCACCAUACAAAUCAUUUCUGCCAAGGACCCAGAUGUGACCAACAAUUCAAUCAGAUACUCCAUUGACAGAAGCAGUGACCCUGGAAGAUUCUUCUAUGUCGACAUUACAACAGGUGCCCUAAUGACUGCAAGACCCCUUGACCGGGAAGAAUUUUCAUGGCAUAACAUCACUGUCCUCGCUAUGGAAAUGAACAAUCCCUCCCAGGUUGGAAGUGUUGCUGUCACAAUCAAAGUCCUGGAUGUGAACGACAACGCUCCAGAGUUCCCCAGAUUCUAUGAAGCUUUUGUCUGUGAAAAUGCCAAAGCAGGGCAGCUAGCCAACCAUCCCUUGCUAACGGUGAGUGCUGUGGACCAGGAUGACCCACACGAUGGCCAGCGUUUCUACUACAGCCUAGCUCCUGAGGCCACUAACAACCCCAACUUCACCGUGAGGGACAAUCAAGAUAACACUGCCCGGAUUCUAACCAGGAGGUCUGGCUUCCGGCAGCAGGAGCAGAGUGUCUUUUACCUGCCCAUCUUAAUAGCUGACAACGGGCAGCCAGCGCUGAGCAGCACGGCCACGCUAACUGUCCAGGUGUGCAGCUGUGAUGACGAUGGCCACAUCAUGUCCUGCAGUCCCGAGGCCUACAUGCUCCCAGUCAGUUUGAGCCGGGGCGCCCUCAUCGCCAUCCUGGCCUGCAUCUUUGUCCUACUGGUGCUGGUACUGCUCAUCUUGUCCCUGAGGCGGCACCGGAAACAGCCCUACAUCAUCGAUGACGAGGAGAACAUCCACGAAAACAUCGUCCGCUAUGACGACGAGGGCGGCGGCGAGGAGGACACGGAGGCCUUUGACAUCGCAGCCAUGUGGAACCCGCGGGAGGCGCAGACGGGCACUGCCACCAAGACGCGGCAGGACAUGCUGCCCGAGAUCGAGAGCCUGUCCCGCUACGUGCCUCAGACGUGCGCUGUGAGCAGCACCGUCCACAGCUACGUGCUGGCCAAGCUCUACGAGGCCGACAUGGACCUGUGGGCUCCGCCCUUCGACUCCCUCCAGACGUACAUGUUCGAGGGCGACGGCUCCGUGGCGGGCUCACUGAGCUCCUUGCAGUCGGCCACAUCAGACUCAGAGCAGAGCUUCGACUUCCUCACGGACUGGGGGCCCCGCUUCCGGAAGCUGGCGGAACUCUAUGGGGCGGCGGAGGGGCCAGCACCUCUGUGGUGACGGAAGCCGGGAGGUGCACGUCCCAAACCAGGCACGUUCUCAGCAGAUGCUUCGCGGUCGAGGUGCAGCCUAACCCACGAGCAAUACGGUGCUGGAGAGUGAGAAUGGGGUGAGCGGGGCGAACAGGGCUCUCUCUGGGUCAGCUUUACUUGGUUAGGUUAAGUUAAAGAAUCAAAAGGAAACACAAAGAGGAGAGCAAAAUCUCCAAUUCCUUUUUUCUCUCUCUCCCUUUUUGUUUCAUGACCGUGUGUUCCAAGGCUUGGAGUCCCAGGUGUUACGGCAUGCUUGGUUUUUCUUUGCCAGUCACCAAGGCCUUUACCACUCUGCCACCACAGAGAGGCUCAGUCUUAAAUACCCAUUGCCGUGGAGUUGAUUUCAACUCAUAGUGACUCCAUUGGACAGAGUAGAACUGCCCCAUAGUGUUUCCAAGGCUGUAAUCUUUAUGGAAGCAGACUGCCAGGUCUCCCUCCCACAGAGCAGCUGGUGGGUUCCAACCACUGGACCUUUUGGUUAGUAGCCAAGCAUUUUAACCCCUGCACCAUCAGGUCUCCCUCAGAUCUUAAAUACAGAGGUGGAAAUUGGAAGCGGAUAAAAAGUCCUCCUCUCAUCAUAUCCGUUUUCUAUCUUAUUAAAUUUACCUUUUGAGAGUUUUACUGGCUCAUCAAACCGCAGAAACCAACCCACACAAAAGAACACAGAAAAGUUGUUCCUUGGUGAGAUUAACCUGUUUGUUCUGGGAUGGAUGGAAUUUCUUUGAACCCUUCUGAGACGAAAUUAAGAUUGAAUCAGCCUUGCAUGGGGAAGGGGUAGGAGGGUGGGAGAAGGAAGAAGACAUUGACUUUGUGCUCAAGUUUAAUGGCUGAACCAAGAGUUGUUGGUAUUACAAGUAACUCAGCUCCAAGUUAGAGUGCUCUUGUUCUCCUCUCAACUCUUUUAACUGUGCCCCUGACAAAUUGUUCUGAAUGAAACCAGAAAAUCUGCCUCUUUUGCACUGUAGAUGUCUCUUCCACGUGCCAAAUGUGAAGAUUAGAUGCUACAAAUGAAAGCCAAAUAAAAAGAAGUAACUGAUAAAAGCAUGGGUUAGAGGGCUUUCCUAAUCUGUGUGAGGUCAAACCCAAGGGAUGUUUACAUAUUGUAGAUAACCUACUUGAACAAAAAUCAGUAUUAUAGAGAAGAAAUGGGUGUAAGAAAAUUACAUGUAUAAGUUUUGUAUAUUUGUUAAUAAAUUUGUUAAUAAAUAUGA